GCCCCGGCACGAGCCCCGCAGCGGCCGCCGGCCCCAGACCCCUCUUCGGCAUGGGCGAGCACCCCAGCCCCGGCCCCGCAGUGGCCGCCUGCGCCGAGGCGGAGCGCAUCGAGGAGCUGGAACCCGAGGCCGACGAGCGGCCGGCGGCGGCGCCGGAGGACCACUGGAAAGUCCUGUUUGAUCAGUUUGACCCUGGGAACACAGGCUACAUCAGCACGGGCAAGUUCCGCAGUCUCCUGGAGAGCCACAGCUCCAAGCUGGACCUGCACAAAAGGGAGGUGCUCCUGGCUCUCGCCGACAGCCAUGCGGAUGGGCAGAUCUGCUACCAGGAUUUUGUCAACCUGAUGAGCAACAAGCGGUCCAACAGCUUCCGCCAGGCCAUCCUGCAGGGGAACCGCAGGCUCUGCAGCAAGGCCCUGCUGGAGGAGAAAGGGCUGAACUUCUCACAGCGGCUGAUCCGCCACGUGGCCUAUGAGACCCUGCCCCGGGAGAUUGACCGCAAGUGGUACUACGACAGUUACACCUGCUGCCCCCCGCCCUGGUUCAUGAUCACAGUCACACUACUGGAGGUUGCCUUUUUCCUCUACAAUGGAGUGUCGCUGGAUCAAUUUGUGCUCCAGGUAACCCACCCACAGUACCUGAAGAACUCGCUGGUUUACCACCCACAGCUUCGAGCACAAGCUUGGCGUUACUUGACGUACAUCUUCAUGCAUGCGGGGAUAGAACACCUGGGACUCAACGUGGUGCUGCAGCUCCUGGUGGGGGUGCCCUUGGAGAUGGUGCAUGGAGCAACCCGCAUUGGGCUUGUCUAUGUGGCCGGAGUUGUGGCAGGAUCCUUGGCAGUGUCUGUGGCUGACAUGACCGCGCCGGUUGUGGGCUCCUCUGGAGGGGUGUAUGCACUUGUCUCUGCCCAUCUGGCUAACAUCGUGAUGAACUGGUCAGGCAUGAAGUGCCAAUUCAAGCUACUGAGGAUGGCUGUGGCCUUGAUCUGUAUGAGCAUGGAGUUUGGGCGGGCUGUGUGGCUCCGGUUCCACCCGUCGGCCUACCCCCCAUGUCCUCACCCGAGCUUCGUGGCGCACUUGGGUGGCGUGGCAGUGGGCAUCACCCUGGGCGUGGUGGUCCUGAGGAACUAUGAGCAGAGGCUGCAGGACCAGUCGCUGUGGUGGAUUUUUGUGGCCAUGUACACCAUCUUUGUGCUGUUUGCUGUCUUCUGGAAUAUCUUUGCCUACACCCUGCUGGACUUAAAGCUGCCGCCACCCCCCUGAAGGGCUGGAGAACCAUGGUGGGGGAAGGGAGAGAGAAGCAGCAUCAGAAAGGAGCAUCUAUAUUCCUUUUCUCAUCACCAGCUCAGUGAGGCCGGGAGGAGAGGACAGGAGACGCUGGGCUAUUAUGAUAUUUGUGCUCAGGUUCGGACAGACAGUGGGGGCUCUUUUCUGAAAGGCACCUGCUGGAAGAGUUGGAUGUGGCUAUCGUUUUCUAGACUGUUCUGAAGAUAUCGGGCCAGGGCGAAGGCCUGGGGUGGGAUGAAAGUGGCAAUCCCCUUGGGCUGGGCUUGUUCCAUGUGUUCAGUGGUCUCUUUCCUUGUCACAGAUUGGGCAGCAGCCUCAUCUUCUACCCUGAGAGACCCUAAGGAUGUAAGGAAGGCCUGAGGAUGUAGCAGCCAGGCAGGCCCUCGUCCAGCCCAGAGAUAAGUGCAGGCCAGGAAAUGUUCCCUCUAAAGCUGUUGAGUCUGGAGCCCUGGAGUGGGAGCAAGCCUGCUGCUGGUAGACAUGCUGACUUUGGCCGGAGGGAGCCCAAGGUGCCCUCCUGUCCCUGAAAGUGGGCACUGGGGCAUGGCCUCUAGUGCCUGGGGUUGGGCAGAGGAGGGAGGUUCCAUACAUUCAGGCCCCACCCUUGCCUUGGGGAUACCCAGCAAGAGGAACCCAAGCAAGAGGGAAUAAAUUUCAUCCCAAGUCCCACCAGGGCCCCAGCAUCCCAUGCCCUGCCUUGAUUUUAAAGUCUUUUCCUUCCAUUUCAUCGCCCUGACCUUGCACGUGGAGACAACAUUCUGACACGCGCGUGUAUGCAGUUUGGUGGGCGGAGAUGGAGAUGCCUGUGUGAUGGGGAAGAUGAUGCGAGGGUUCUGAGGCUGCGAGGACGCCCGUGAGGGCCAGUGGGGGUAUGCGGAAGAGUCUGUGUGAGAGGAAGCUUGCCCUUGCUUUCCACCCCCGGUACCCCAAACCCCGUCCCUUCCAGGCCUCUCCCUGAGAAUCACUGACCCGUGGGAGAGUUGUCCAUGGUGGAGGGAGACCACAUACCCUCCCAGGGCCACUCAGAAUGCUGAGGUUUUCCUCGUCUUUGCCAAGUUCUGCUCUGUUUUCCCCUGGAGUAGCCUUCAUAUCUGAAAAGGUUUAGUUCUGUCUCCCUUAGGAGGAAAGGGGCUUUGGAGGUGCAGGAGAGGCUGGGGCAGGAAUAUUAAGGCCAUGUGCCCCUUUGAGUCAGAGGAACAGGAUUUUGCAGCAAAAGGAAUUCCAAUGUAGACAGAAAACUUCUUCUAGAGAGGAAUUGUUGGGUGCUUGGAUGAGCGUCAGAGGUGAGGACAGCACACAGACUCAGAUGCUCAGGGCUGAUUAUCGGGUCCAAUCCUACCCCCAUUUCACAAGUGGGAAAACAAGGCCAAGGGAACGUCCCCUUGCAGGAGCUGGUGCAGCCCCAAGAGGAGGUGUGGAGAGGAUGGCCUUUGACAAAACGUCAUUCCUUUUAUACUGCUCUUAGAACUCCCAACCAGUGAUAGCCCAGAAGGAUGAAGAGGCCAGGUCUGGGAGGCAGAGGGGCUGGGCUCAUGCAGGAAUGAGGGUAGGAGUAUAGGAACUGCCUUCAGCCAGCCACGUGCCCAUCAGAGACGUUAUGUGCACAGAAGUCUGAAAUCGGCCAGGCCAGGCAUUUAAGAGUCUUGGGCCACUGUGGUUUACUGUCCCCAGUGAUCACAUGUAAAUGGGCAGGGUCCUUCUACCCAGGGACACCACUCAGCCUAGGCUAUGCCGGGCCCUUCCUUGUCUUUGCCCAAUACCAAAUAGAUUGUCCUGGUCCCCACAUGUAGCUUCUGAGGUCAUGCCGCACUCGUGUCAACGCUGUACUGAGAACUACUAGCCCGAGGUGGCAUCAGCCAGAUCUCUGGCUGAGCUGCAUCACCCUGAGGCAUCUUGUGUGUGCCCGGCCAGGCAUUCUCUGGCCUACUGAAAGAAUGGCCUACUGGAAGAGUCAGCUUCUUAGCAGAGGAGACUCUGAGCUGGAACUGGGGGCCGAGAAAACUUGGGUAAAAAUGAGGAAGGGGACUUUGGCCAUGGGCUUCAACUACUGCUAAACCUGAGUAGGGAUAUUCCUUCCUGGAGAAGCAGAGGCAGCGGGUGCCUCGCUUGGAGGCAGGGCUUCCCCUCCAGAUCUGGUCCUGGUACCUGGGGGUUCUGGGUUGUAGGUGGAAGGAGCGGAGAGCCACCACUGCCUUUGUCUGGCGUUUCCUGGAGAGGGGCGUUCCUCUCUCAGGAUUGAGAAGACUGAACUAGAAGACUCUAGAAAGCCCUCAGAGAAGCAUUCAGUUCCCUCAAGGCUUCAGACAGAAGUUUGUUACUGAGAAGGACUACCUGAGGUGGAAGUCCCAUCUGCCAUCCUGUUAACUCUGUCCUUCAAGGUCGGGAGCAUGCUAAGAGAGCCUCGUCUACACCGCAGGCCGCCAGCCCCAGCUGCUCCCUGUCCGCAGAGUAUCCAAAGGCAACCCCAAAAUUCUUCGAUCUGCUUAACGCCCACCUCCACUACCCUCUCCCAACUGUCACUUUCCAAGCAGGGCCACCCAGUGGUGACAACAGUCAUGUCACACAACCCAGGUCUCCCACCCAGGGCUGGAGACAGUUGUCUGGUAAGAAAGGUUUUCUUUGUUAGUUUUCUUACUUUCUCCUCAGCAAGUCCCUUUGUUCCCUCGCUCCCAGGCCCCUG